CUCUGCAGGCCUCCGCAGACGCCAGAGGAGUGGCACAGGCUGAACCAUCAGGGACAAGCAUUCAAUUAUUGAUCUGUGCAUUGAACCCAAUUUGCAAAGAUACUGAUAAAGGUGUUGUAUGUACUGGCGAACCCAGUUGGCUUUAACCUGCUUCUUCCAAGCUCUGACAUCCGGCAACUCGGACGUGAGGAUCACACGGCUAUCAGGAACGCAGCCUCACGGGAAAGUCGACGGGAAAAUACAGGAUGGCCCUAUGUGCUGAUAUGAGGAAGGACGGAUAAAACAUCGGUCUCCCACGUUGCUCUUUGAACAUCACCUCCCUCGCGGCCAUCAUCCAAAGCACCACGCUUGGUCAAGCCCAGCCAGUUACUCCCUGCACCGUUUCGCACCAUGGUGUCGUCUUCCGCACAAGUGCUGUCGCCUUCGGCAGGCUGGGCUGUGGUAAUCGCCUUGGGUUUCGGCUUUGCGCUGUUCAUGCUCGGCUUGACUGCAGUGCAAGAGCGCUACACGGAGGUCUCGAUCAAGACCAACGAUGAAUUCUCGUCCGCUUCACGCUCCGUCAAGACGGGCUUGAUUGCAGCAGGUAUCGUCUCAGCAUGGACGUGGGCCGCAACCUUGCUGCAAUCAUCCACCGUCGCCUUCCGCUACGGUGUCUCAGGCCCAUUUUGGUACGCCGCGGGUGCGACGGUUCAGGUUCUUCUCUUUGCAAUGAUGGCCAGCAAGACCAAGUCGAACGCACCCUUUGCGCACACAUACCUCCAGAUCAUUCGCGAGCGCUGGGGCACGGUUGCACACCUGUCCUUCUUGUUCUUCGGCCUGGCCACAAAUAUCCUCGUCGGAAGCAUGCUGAUCCUCGGCGCUUCAGCGACUGUCAACCAGCUGACUGGCAUGCCCACGCUCGCGGCGAUUUUCCUGACCCCAGUAUCUGUCGCUGUGUAUGCCCUUGUUGGUGGAAUGCGUAGUACGCUGAUCGCAGACUGGACGCACACUGCCGUCCUGGUGUGCAUCAUCCUCACCUUUGCCUUCACCGUCUAUGGCACGUCUGGCAAGAUCGGCUCGCCCCGAGCCAUGCACGAUUUGUUGCUCAGCGCUGCCCCAGUCUCGGGCAACGCUGCAGGGUCGUAUAUCACCAUGCGAUCGCUGGACGGGCUCAAGUUUGGCAUCAUUAACAUUUGCGGUAACUUUGCAACCGUCUUCGCUGACCAGAGCUACCACCAACGCGGCAUCGCAUCGAACCCGACCACCGCUACGCGCGCUUUCAUUCUCGGUGGCGUCGCCUGGUUCGCCGUGCCGAUGGUAACUGCCUCCUCGCUGGGUCUAGCCGCACGCGCGCUGUACGGCAAGGACCCAGAUAUGGCCGAUCUGUCGGCCUCUGAAGUCAGCGCGGGCCUGGCAGCACCUGCAGCAGCAGCAGCCUUGCUCGGAAAGAGCGGGGCGGCGGCCAUGCUCGUUAUGCUAUACCUCGCCGUGACGAGCGCGACUUCUGCACAGCUGAUCGCCGUCUCGUCCGUGUUCACAUUCGACGUGUGGAAGCCGUACAUUCAGCCAUCGGCAAGCGAGAAGCAGCUGUUCUGGGUUUCACACGUGGCCGUCGCUGCCUGGUCGGUCGCGCUGGGCGUCCUCGGGUUGAUCUUUUACGAGAUUAACCUCAGCAUGGGCUGGUUGUACACGUUCAUGGGCAUCAUCAUUGCCCCAGCCGUCUUUCCUAUCUUCAGCUGCAUUGUGUGGAGCAAGGCCAACAGAACCGGUGCGCUUGUUGGCAUGUUUUCGGGGCUUGCGCUUGGCAUCAUCGCCUGGCUUGUCAGUGCCUCGCUGCUGGAAGGCAGCCUCACCGUCGACACCACCGGCGCAGACAACCCUCUUGUGGUAGGCAACGUCGUCUCGAUUAUGGUACCGGCCAUCGUCACGAUUGUCUGGUCGCUGAUCACGCCCGAUAACUACUCGUUCGAGGGCACUCGCGCCAUCAACACCGAGGUGAGCGACAGCACGACCACCUCGCCGCCGGCGGACAGUGCGAUGGAGGAAGGCUGUAAGGAGGCUGUCGAUGAGACGCCCGCAACGCUUGAAAAGGCAACUGUCAAGCUCAACGAGAUCGAUCCGCACAAGCACGUGCGUUCCGCCGGCCUUGACCACGAGCAGCUGCAGAAGAGCUUCCGCACAGCAGUCAUGGUCACCGUCCCUUUGACGUUCACUCUGCUUAUUUUCGUGCCGUGCAUGUCGAUCAUCGCGAAGACCUUCUCGCCCGCGGGUCUUGGUGCCUGGAUUGGCAUCUGCAUCUUCUGGCUGUUCUGCUCCGCCUUCAUCGUGAUCGUCCUGCCCAUCUGGGAGUCGCGUCAAGCAAUGGGCCAGAUUUGCAGCGGCAUCAUAUCUGACCUGAAUGGUCGUUCGAGGAGUUUUUCUUCGUCGUGACAGACAAGCUGGCAAUUUUUUGCUUUCCAAAGCUAGAGGAAGACAGUGUAGCAAGUGUAAUUGUGACUACGUGAUGACAGGGCGGUGACGUAUAUGUUAGGUGUCUCGCCUUGCAUCAUGAAAUAUACGGUCGCAUCGUCAACGAUCUGUAGCCGAUUUGCUCCGUGGUCGAGAGGCCGAGGUGACGAGUGCAAUGCAAA